UCCAGGCCAUCAAGCAAGAAGCGACAGUGUGACAGUGAUGAGUGGUGUAGUGUGGAUGUGUGCGUCCGUCAAUCUUUCGUACCUACGUCUUUCCGUGAGGCGGCUGGAGCAGGAAAUCGCCGAGCCGUGCUGCAGAGGUGAGGAAAGGAUGGCAGGUGGUGCCGCGGUGAACACUGCCAACACGUGCAGGAGGAAAGAAAGGAUGGCAGGUGGUGCCGCGGUGAACACUGCCAACACGUGCAGGAGGAAAGGAAGGAUGGCAGGUGGUGCCGCGGUGAACACUGCCAACACGUGCUGGAGGAAAGUGCGUACCUGCUUCAUUACAUCAUGUGCAUUCUGUUUUGGAACUCGAUGUUAAACUUUUUUUUUUUCCAUGUCAACCAAAACCUGUCUGUUGACUGCCUUUCUCCUGUCUGCUUCCCACGAAUCUAUGAGGGAAAGAAAGGAUAUGUCAGUAGUAUUAUCCAUUGAAGGAUUAGUUUAAACCUUUUUCCAGAGCGUUGUUUUUGUCUCCCAUUUUUCUGCCUUCCCAGGGUAUAUAUAUGAAACAAGAAUGUAAAUUUAGUCUAUAACAUUCAUUGUAACAUGUAUUCCAGUCUUUGUGUGCUUAUUUUAGUGUAUGCAUAGAGAAAAGAAGGAUUCGAAAUGUGGUAAUGAAAAGUAGAUUGUGAAAUAAAUAGAUAAUAAAUAAGUGAAUAAAUAAAUAAAUAAAUAAAUGGAUGAAUUAAUGCAUAACCUAGAGAACAUUUCAUACCUACUGAGCUUACCAUAGCAAAUACACUGAUAUGCUACAAAAAAUGCACACAAGUAUAUGAAGAUGGAAAAAAAAUGGGGGAAGUCUGUCUUGUGUUGUUAUUUCUAUGGUUACUGCUCUCCUGAAUUUGCCAUCAGCAUGCGUCUCUCCUUCCCCACGCUGACGCUACACAAGACUUUUACCUUUAUUCCGUUCCCUUUCAGUAGUCCAGGAGUUAAGCAAUAUCUUCAUUCUUUCAUCCCCUUCAUUGGUAAACCUUGGA